UAAUUGUUUUUUUUUGGAAAUUUUGAAAUGGAAACAAAUUGCUCUAACGCGCAUGCGCGUGUUAAAUGUCAUUAACGUCAAAACAAGAACAUAACCUUACUUUUUUGCCAUCUGCUGCUUAAAAGUUAAUAAAGGAACUACAAAUGUCUGUACAAAGUGAUGUAAAUGCUGAGAUGAUGACAGAAACACUAAGCGGCAAUCAAACUGCUGAAGAAUACGCUUACUUGGAUAGAGGCGGCUUUUCCUCGGAGAAAUUUAAAAUUGAACUUCGUGGCCUUCCUAAAUUUUAUGGAAUUGCUGAGUUAAAAAAGCUUAUGAAUCAAAAGUUGGGAUUAAAUACAAGCAAAAUCAAACGUCCCAAGAACGGCAGUCACUGGUUGUAUGCCUGUUUUCAAAAUGAGGAAGAGCGUACAAAAGCUAUUGCUGCCCUUAAUGGGUAUUCAUGGAAAGGUAAAUCCCUGAUAGCAGAAGUAGCCAAGCCGGCCCCAGACCCAUUGGUCAAAAAAAGAAAGCUAGAAGAAGAUGGAAUUGGGCAGGAUAAGAAGAAGAAAGAGGAUGACAAUAGAAGUCAGCAACAGAGACUGGCUGAAGCCACUACUCCAUAUUAUAAUAUACCUUAUGAAGAGCAGUUACAACUCAAAGAGAAGGAAAUAAGGAACAUUCUAAUGAAAUUUGACAAUGAAAUUUGGAAAAUAGCGAAACAAUGGCGUAGCAAAAUAGAAGAACAACGUAAAGUGCACAAUGGACUUAGUUUCCAACUGUUACCAAUACAAAAGUCGCCAGUUACCGAAGGCUAUAGGAAUAAGUGUGAAUUCACGGUUGGGAUUGAUGAGGAGACAAAAUUCCCCACUGUGGGAUUCAGGCUGGGAAGUUAUGCUACAGGGACUGUCGCUGUUGGACCAAUACAGUCGCUUAUUCAUAUUUCUGAAAACACCAAAAAAGCUGUUCUGCUAUUCCAAGACUUCGUCCGUAAAUCCAGCAUGGCACCAUUUUCACCUGCUGAUUAUUCCGGUUACUGGCGUUAUCUAACGGUUCGCCACUCGAAUCAUACUGGCGACAUUAUGUUGAUUGUCGCUAUACAUCCUCAGAAGCUUUCUACAGAAGAGUUGGACAAAAUAAAAAAAGAUUUAGUGGAACAUUUUAGUUCCGACGAAUCAGUUGCUUGUGGAAUAAAAUCUUUAUACUUUGAACUUCUUAUUAAAAGGAGAGCAGGCGAAGAAGCAGCAAAACCCACUCACCUGUCAGGAGCAACUCACAUCGUAGACACGAUACUCAACAGGCAGUUCAGGAUAUCACCAGAAGCGUUCUUUCAGAUAAACACGGCUGGUGCGGAGAUACUUUACCAGAACGCAAUAGAAAUGAGUAAAGUGGACAAAAAUACAACUGUUGUCGACAUAUGCUGCGGGACCGGCACUAUUGGACUUUGCUUUGCUAAGCAUUGUGGUAAAGUAUUGGGCCUUGAGCUCGUAGCAGAAGCUGUGAAGGAUGCUAAAGCGAACGCUGAACUUAACAAUAUAGAGAACUGCCAGUUCUUCACGGGCAAAGCCGAGGAUAUACUACCCACGGUGCUAGCACGGGCUAACGAGGAAAAUGUCGUCGCUAUUGUAGAUCCUCCGAGAGCUGGAUUACAUACGCGAGCUGUAACGCAGUUGCGAAAUACAAAAAAAGUGAAACGCCUAGUCUACAUAUCAUGCAGUCCAGCAUCAGCUGUGAAAAACUUUAUAGACCUGGCACGGCCAUCCUCCAAGACCUUACGUGGAGCUCCAUUUAUACCGGUCAGUGCGGUACCAGUAGACAUGUUUCCACAUACGAAACACGUCGAAUUGGCCAUUUUGUUCGAGAGGGAAGAUGAGAAAUCCAAUGCCCCGGAAAACGCCGAAGGUACAGAUAAAACUAAUACCGAGACAGAAAUGAAUGUUAAAUAUGAACAUAGUGAUGUGUAACUAAAUUUAGUAUUAAUGAAUUAUAUAGAUGCACUAACGUAUUUAUAAGGAAUUGUUAUAAUUAGGUACAUCAUACCUUAUAUUGUCAUCGAAGAUGAAGCGACAUUAGCGAUAAAAAGCACACGAUUGUACAAUCAAGAUGAAUUAAGUUUUUAUAGCAAGCUAAAUAAAGUUAAAUCUUAAAUGUGAAGUUGAGUUGCGAAGAACUUGACGUGUUCUUGACCCUGUACAAAUUAAAAAAAGGACUUGGACUGCUUUUUUUAUAGGAACUUAUAUAGGCAUAUAAACUGGUAAUCUUAUCCAUCGUUGCAAUUAUUAAAUUUGCUGUUGUAGUGGCAUUAAGACGGCCGCCCAAUGGUUUGCAUUAUAGACGCUGGAUGAACAGCCCGGGUUCAAUUCCCGGUAAGACCAAUUUGUGUUUGAUUUUGAGUGAAUUCCGUUGCUCUGAUACUCAUAAUACUGGGAAUUCCUUAGUUUCUGUGGUAUUGAUGUAGUUUUCUGGCACAUUAUGAUUAUUAUUUUGGAUA